UUCGCUUUCUCUGUACUUCCUCGUUCUGGCUAUCCCGAGUGCUGCACGGAAAUAAAGACAACUAUCGUCCAAAGAACACUUUUUAGAACUCUAUAACGCUGUAAAAUGUCGAGGCCUCCACCAAAACCAGCGAAGCCAGGUCAGGUGAAAGUGUUCAGGGCCCUAUUCACCUUUGAUCCACGAACGCCAGAUGAGUUGUACUUUGAAGAGGGAGAUAUCUUAUACAUUUCAGACACGAGUGACAGUAAUUGGUGGAAAGGCACCUGCAGAGGAAGAAAUGGCCUCAUACCCAGUAACUAUGUGGCUGAGCAGGCAGAGUCUAUAGAUAACCCCAUGCAUGAGGCGGCUAAACGAGGUAAUCUGAGCUGGCUGCGAGAGUGUCUGGACAAUAAGGUGGGCACCAACGGGCUGGACAAGGCGGGAAACACUGCCCUCUACUGGGGCUGCCAUGGAGGACACCGAGAUGUGGUAGAGAUUUUGCUGGCCCAGCCUAAUAUUGAGUUGAACCAACAGAAUAAACUGGGUGAUACAGCACUGCACGCAGCUGCCUGGAAAGGCUACAGUGAUAUCGUGGAGAUGCUGCUUGACAAAAAUGCCAGGAUGGACCUCCUGAACAACGAGAAGAAGACCCCUCUGGAGAUGGCCACCAACGCCCAGUCUGCCUCCCUCCUGAAGAGGAAGCAGGGGAGUGCCGUGUCGCGCACUCUAAGCAACGCAGAGGACUACCUGGAUGACGAAGACUCCGACUAAGGAGCCAGCAGGCCACUGGGGCUCCUCUCUUCACUUCCAACAGGGCUACAAGUCUGUGACGAUGGAUGGAUGGAUGGAUGGAUGAACGGAUGAAUGGAUGGAUGGAUGAAUGAUUGGUGGGUGGGGUGGGAUGGUUCCACUCCACAAGGGGGUGGGUUGGGUGGGCUUGGUCUUCCUCCAUUCCUUCAGGUGGUGUUUCACCUUACGGUUUUAACAGCUUUCAAAAAGUCUCUCUCUCUCUCUCUCUCUCUCUCUCUCUCUCUCUCUCUCUCUCUCUCUCUCUCUCUCUCUCUCUCUCUCUCUCUCUCUCUCUCUCUCUCUCUCUCUCUCUCUCUCUCUCGAAAUGUAUUUGUAUAUGUUUGUAUUUUUCCUCAGUUGCUUUGUAACGUCCAUAAUACCUGGCACUAAAGGGCCAGGCGGGAAGCGACAUGAGAACUCAUGUCAUGCAAUGUUUUCUCUGUGUGCGGGUCCAAAGAGAGGUUUUCUAAGAAAAUGGUUUUGUGACUAACUCCACUUAGUGAACCCGGAGUGAGUUGUAAACUUUUAAUUAAAGACUCUUCAGUUGUUCAUCUGGGGGGUAUACCAAGAACCAGGCUAAUUAGUAAACCAGAUUAAGAUAACCUUGAGGUAGUGGUAAAUCAUCCAAUUUGAGAGCCUGGAGUACUUAUUUUCUAAACUAAAUGACACCUAUGGGCUGUCUAUUAGAAGAUUUACCACAUCAUGCUGGUUAACCUAGCCAGUUUUAUCAAUUAACCAUGUUCAUGGACUAUUCCCCUUGGUUCAUCCGUCUAUCAAAGUAACAGCACAAGGCUCUCAUAUUAAAAGGCUUACCACUUCCUCGAGGGUUAACACUGUCCAGGUCAAGGGACUAAGCCAGCUUUUUGGAGUACCCUACAGAUGUCUUAUUCCGUCUGAUUGUGUAAUAUGGCAACAUUCAGUUCUUAAACAGUGCUGCUGCUGCUGCUUCACUAACUGUGCCUUCAUUUCUGUGUGUGUGCGUGUGUUUAUGUGUGUGUGCGUGUGUUUAUGUGUGCGUGCGUGUGCAUGCGCGUGCGUGCGUGUGUGUUCAUGUGCGUGCGUGCGGGUGUUUUCUUUGUCUGUCAUUGGUAUGUGCACUGGAGAGAAGGGUGUGUUCCAAACAGUAGAGUUGCAUAAAGUAGAAGCAAAAGUUCUUUUAGAAAUGUAAUUACAAUACUUGUAGUAUGAUUACAAAGUUGAAACCAUGUAGUACCAUACCACUAGGGUUGUAAUUACAUAUGUACGAGUACUUUUACUUCUACUUUAUACAGCUGUGCCAAACAGUGAUGGGCAAACAUGGAUUCAGGAUUUAUUCUCCAGUGCCACAUAUUCACAAUCACCUGGUUUUACCUGUAACUUCUGUAUCCAGGUUGGACAGGUUAAAGCCAGGCCGUCUAGAAAAUGUGGCUCUGGAUUGCAAACUAAUGAACUCAGGUUGACCAUCACUGUUUCCAAGUGGGCGAUUUAGUGUCUUGGUUCAGAUAUGGUUACUGAGAAAUGGUGAAGAAAAUUCAUUGUAAGAUUGUAUUUAGGCUUCUAUCUGAAAUGAAUCCAAAAUGUCGACUCAUACGCUACAUAGUGUACUGCAAGGGGUUUGUCUUGCCUUCUUACACUUCUAUCAGUGAUGUGCAACCUUCACCUUCAGAAGCUACACUGCACUGCCACACGGGUAAAACCAGGGGCCCAUACUAAGAAGCUGGUUCAGGAGUAAACCAGGUUAAGUCAAGAGGUACUACAGGCUCUUCUCUUAGAGGAUUUACCGGUACCGCUUCACUUAACCUGGUUUACUCCUGAACCCACUUCUUAGUUCUCCCCCCUGGUCAUUUGGAAUAUGUGGCAGUGUGUUGCAGCGUCUGAAUCCAGGUAGCCCUUUUCUGCUUACUUUGUUGCACUAUGUAAUAAAUGACUGGACAUUUUGGUUUCAGCCUCAGUGUUUUCUCUCUCAGGAGGCUCAUCAUUUCCUUUGAGAAGCCAACUCUAGAGUGAGGAACUAAGCCCUACAACAGCAAAGUGCAGUAACUACGCCAACAUUUGAAACUGAGAAAAAUCAUUCAAAGCCUUGGCAUUAGGCUGGAUAUUGUAGUUCCUGCAAAUUUGACACAGCAAUAUCUCUAAAACGGGAUACAUGUUGACCAUGAGGCUUUGUCACAAGCUGAAGAAGGUACAAUGAAGAUCAUUUUCAGUCUUAAAGGGACACUGUGUGAGAUUUUUAGUUGUUUAUUUCCUGAAUUCAUGCUGCCCAUUCACUAAUGUUAUCUUUUUCAUGAAUACUUACCACCACCAUCAAAUUUUAAGUAUUCAUUAUGACUGGAAAAAUUGCACUUUUCAUACAUGAAAAGGGGGAUCUUCUCCAUGGUCCGCCAUUUUGAAUUUCCCAAAAUAACCAUUUUUAUCUGCAAAAAGGACUGUACUUGGACCAUACUAGAAAAUAUUUCUUUAUUACUUAGUAAACUUUCAUGUAAAGAUCAAAUUUGGCAAUAGACAGCCCAGUUUCAAUAAGCAGCAUAGUUGCAGUACUUUUUUUGACCAUUUCCUGCACAGUGCCCCUUUAAAUAAAUGAUGACAACAUGUGUAGUUACUGUACUUUGCCUUUGUAGGGCAGCCCGCUCAGCUGCCUGCCAGUGGAGGCCUCUCACAUCUUGCCAUCACCCCCACCCUCCGUUUCCUUCCUGGGGAGGAAGUGGGUCCAGAAAAUAUUGUCAUUCCAACAUUAAUUAUGUACGAUCUGUCUUUUGUGUACCCAAAUAAAAUCUAUGAAAUGGUUGUGAGAACAAGUGAGGGUGUGUUGUUACAUUUGAAAAUUGUCGGUUAAUAAACGGAACAUUUACUGCUUA